GAGAGCGAGAGAAAGAGAAGGGAGAGAGAAAGAGUAGGGAGAGAGCGAGAGCGAGUGAGACGCUGACACUGAGAGAGACGCACCCUGUAAAAGAGGCAGAGUCAACAGCUACAGCAACAGAGCUCCCUUUCUCUCUCACACACAGACAGAGAACCAGACCCAUUCCAGGGGAGAUGGUGAGCACACACCCCCACUGAGGAGCACCGUCUCUUGGGAGGAGAUCCCACACCCCGCCCCUCCUCCGUCUGUGUGUUUUUGCAAAAAAACUGGAAGAGAGACAUAGAAGAGAGUGAAGGAAGGAGGGAUGAGUGGCUUGUUUGGCACAGCUGCUGAUGCUAGAGGCUGAGAAUGAGGGACACUGACGAAGAGAAAGAGAAAAAGGGAUCUGAAGACCAGAGGAUUGGAGGAGAGGAAGACUGGCACGUGUAGAGCUUCUCAAACAUAUGGACAGAGACAAGAGAGGGACACAGUGUCGGGGAACACACACACACACACAUCACACGCACAAACAUCACACACACAUCACACACACACAGGCACCGAUGAGGAGGGAACAGGGACCACGCUUCAGUCCUGGGUGUGUGGUAAACUGACCCGGCCUGUGAUAGGCUAGGAGUCAGCACUGACCCAGCCUGUGAUAGGCUAGGAGUCAGAUCAGGACCACCAGGGCCAUGACUGGCUCCCCGGGCAUCAGUGGGCAGUCCCUGUCACCAUGGCGGUGGCUGAGUCGCUGGGGGCCGGUCCUGCUGCUGGUUACCAUGACAACCCUACUGCCAGGUUGUUGCCAGGCAUGCCCUCCACGGUGCGAGUGCUCGGCCCAAAUCCGGUCCGUCUUGUGCCAGCGGCGGCGGCUCACUGGCAUCCCAGAGGGCAUCCCCACGGAAACUCGCCUCCUGGACCUCAGCCGGAACCGUCUCCGCUGGGUGGAGAUGGGUGACCUGGCGCCGUAUCCGCACCUUGAAGAAGUGGACCUGAGUGAGAACCUCAUUGCCACACUGGAGCCCAACGCGUUCGCCAACCUGCAGAGCCUCCGGGUGUUACGGCUGAGGGCGAACCAGUUGAAACUUGUACCCAUGGGGGCCUUCGCCAAGCUGGUCAACCUGACCACGCUGGACCUGAGUGAGAACAAGCUGGUGAUUCUGUUGGACUACACCUUCCAAGACCUGAGGAGUCUAAGACACCUGGAGGUGGGAGACAAUGACCUGGUCUACAUCUCUCAUGAGGCCUUCUCCGGCCUGCUAGGGGUGGAGGAUCUGACCAUUGAACGCUGCAACCUGACUUCCAUCUCUGGCCAGACGCUGUCCUACCUACGCAGCCUGGUCACUUUGCGACUACGCCAGCUCAGCAUCCCCGCCCUGGAGGACCAUAACUUCCGUAAACUGGCCAACCUCCGGGGGCUGGAGAUCGACAACUGGCCUUACCUGGAAUACAUCUCCCCCCUGAGCUUCCAGGGUCUGGACCUGUACUGGCUGUCCAUCACCAACAGCAACAUCACCUCUGUCCCCUCGUCCUCCUUCAGAAACCUGAUCCACCUCACCCAUCUCAACCUGUCCUACAACCCCAUCACCACCCUGGAGCCUUGGGCCUUCAGGGACCUGCUGAGGCUCAAAGAGCUGAUCAUGGUGAACACAGGCCUGGCUACGGUGGAGCCCCACUCCCUGGGAGGCCUCAGACAGAUCCGGGUCCUCAACUUCUCCUCCAAUGACCUCCAGACUCUGGAGGAGGGAUCGUUCCACUCUGUCAACAGCCUGGAGACGCUGCGGGUGGAUGGGAACCCACUGCUGUGUGACUGCCGUUUGUUGUGGAUCCUGCAGAGACGCAAGACCCUCAACUUUGACGGCAGGGUGCCUGUGUGCGCUGGGCCGGUGGAGGUGCAGGGGAACAGCCUCAGCACCUUCACCGACUCAGCGCUCUUUGAUCACUUCACCUGCCAGAAGCCCAAGAUACGCAACCGCAAGCUUCAACAGGUGACAGCUCGUGAGGGCCAGCCAGUGAGUUUCCUCUGCAGUGCCGUGGGAGAGCCCGCCCCCAACAUCAUGUGGAUCUCCCCUCAGCGCCGACUAAUCACAGCCAAGAGCAAUGGUCGCAUCACCGUCCUCCCAGGAGGGACGUUGGAGAUCCGCUAUGCUCAGGUCACCGACAGCGGCACCUACAUGUGCAUUGCCAGCAAUGCCGGGGGCAAUGACACUUACUUUGCGAUGCUCACGGUUCGGGGCGCGCCGCUGGAUGCCUCGUCGGCCUUCUUCGCCAACCGCUCGAUGUACGGCGGCGAGUUCUUCAACGACACAAACCUGAAUAGCACUCGCGUCUUCCUCAAGUUCACCCUGGACCUGACCACCAUACUGGUCUCCACAGCGAUGGGCUGCAUCACCUUCCUGGGCGUGGUGCUUUUCUGUUUCCUGUUGUUGUUUGCAUGGAGCCGGGGGCGGGGCCAGCGUAAGAACAACUUCACCGUCGAGACCCCUUUCCGGAAGGCCGAGGGACCGGCGGCAGUGGGUGGCGCCGGAGGUGCCCGGAAAUUCAACAUGAAGAUGAUAUGAUACCAUGCAGCCAGGGGUCACUCGGGGGCAUAAGCACAUCCUGGAAACGUGUUUAACAAGACACACACAGCGCUGAAUCGCAGAGUAAAGAAAUAAAUACAAAUAAAAUGCAUACAGUAUUCACACAUGGCUGGUAUUCACCAGGACCAGAUUCGGUUUGAGUGGAAAAACAUGAUGACCUUUGACCUCACGGCCUCCUACUGGUUUUACUCAGCUCGUGGUACAACGUUCUGUUUAUAUUUUCGAACAAAUAUAACAUUGUCAUUAACCAGGUUUCCAUCCAACCCGUUUAUACGAGUAAAGUACAUGUCGGAUAAAAUACGUCAUGCCAGGCCUGAUGGAAACAUUUGUUGGUUUCAAACUUUCCAAAUGUCGACAAAAAUAAAUACGCUAGACGAGGUGGGAUCUUUUGUGUCUGAGUCACACGAUGACAUGGUGUGUGGUCCUCCCAGUACUACUCGUCAGGAAAGAACGCAGUUUAUUAGGCUACAGAUUAAAUAAAUUAUAAAUGAUGAUGAACUUCACAGGGUGGUAAAAGUACAAGGUGAUGAGCUUGAUGCUCCUUUCCAUUAAAUGUUGAGGGUCUUAUUCUGGUCACAUGAUGAUCGAUGCUUGGCUGCUGUUUGACAAAUAAAAAUAAUCCCACUCUUUCGUCCAUAAUAACAUCAUGUAGGCUAUACCCACAUUGUAUCUGCGAGCUGUUGGCUAGACAGCAAGAACCAAUAGACUCGAUAUAACGCUAAUUUUUCGGGAUGAGAAAACCAUCAUUCGAGUUAAAAAUGCGAUGGAAAACAUGGGAAUUUAACUGCAAACGUUGUUUUUGUGUGCCUACUUCAUCACGCACAGCUUUUUAUCCUCAACAAGUACAUUUGAUGGAAACACAUCUCUGGUGAGAAAAUGCACAUAUUGUUUUUAUGCAGAUCUUAGAAUAUUUGCUUGAAAAUCUGUCGCCAAUUGGUUGUAAACCUAGCUACUGAGCUUGAUAAGGGGAGUUCAACUAGAUCACUAAAGUAUAACAUUACCAUUUAGCUUGAUAAGGGGAGUUCAACUAGAUCACUAAAGUAUAACAUUACCAUUUAGCUUGAUAAGGGGAGUUCAACUAGAUCACUAAAGUAUAACAUUACCAUUUAGCUUGAUAAGGGGAGUUCAACUAGAUCACUAAAGUAUAACAUUACCAUUUAGCUUGAUAAGGGGACUUCAACUAGAUCACUAAAGGGGUAUUUUGGAGAAAAAAAUCUAACAUUACCAUUUAGCUUGAUAAGAAUUAUAGAAGUUAAGAAUUUAGUGUGAUCUCUUAUUGGGUGAUUACUGUGCUGUGGAAUGAUCAUAGUUAUGCCUCUCUCACAGAAAGUGAAAAGGACUUCCUGGAAGCUAUGCACUUGUAGUGGUCAUUGCACACAGGGCUUAGUUCUGACUAGGGGGAGUACAGCCAUGAUGGUUAGUUAUGGUUAGAUAAAGUUAGUCUAAGUUAUGGUUAGAUAAAACGCUCUCCUAAUCUGCUAUAAAAAGUCAUUUCUGGUUGUAUCUGUAGUCCCUUUCAUCAUAGCCCAUGGAGAGACACGGCUAAUCACAGAAUUUCUUGUCUUGCUUUCUUAAAUUCUGCCUUUCUGAGAAAUAUUGCAAUAGCAUGUAAGUAUUGCAAUUUAGAGUAUGUUGUAUAGUAAUAAGAUUACAAUAUUGAAUAAAAACAAGCCAUUUUUGUAAGA